UGCUUGUGUAAACAGAGGGUAUUUAAGCCUUGUAUUUAUGUGAGAACUCUCCGUCCAGAGUGAAACUCUUGACUUCAUCCCUCUGCAGUCCCAGCUCAUCAGUCAUGCUGCGUCCGACAGUCUUCGGCCUCCUCCUGGCAUGUGCAGUAUCUCUCUGCAGCUCUGCCGUAUUUCUAGAAAAUGGCAUGCCUAUCCUGUGGGCCCAAACUGCCGGCCAAGUGACUGACCUGCCGAUACAGAAUGGCAUCCUGACUCCCGACCCCUGGCACUUCCUUCAGCGCAUGAGUCUUUACCGGCUGAUGAUAAAUGCUACAGACCCAUUUAUGGGAUCCAUGGGGACAAAUGCCACAGACAGUCCAGUUUGGGGACUUACACUGCAGCUUGGAUGGAUGCUAACUACAGGGCGCCUCGCUGACCCAACUAGUGCUACAACCUGUGGCCUGCAGACAGGAGAUACAACGUGUAUUUCUACCCAGAGCUGGUGGGCCUGUGUGAGCUACUUUGUCUCUGCACUGCCAUUCCUGUCUGCUGCACAGCAGGGCUUCAUGGGAGAAGGAGUCCAGGUCCAGAUGCAGGUGCCUGAAGGUGUAACAGACUAUUGCACCACAUAUGCUGACUGUGCAGCUCGCUACCCUGAUGCCAUGUCUAAGUGGGAUGCUUUUUUUCAGGGUCUGAAGUCUUCGGCUGACUCUCCUCUUCCUGAAAAUGAAAAGAAAGACGCUCUCCUCGGCCUCUACUGGGCGGCCCAGAUGGCUUCAAUUUAUGCCUCUGCUGCAUGCAAAGCCAAGCAGAGCCACUACUCUGCUGCAGAGGUGUCAUUUGCCAACAGCUGGCUGAACUCUGCGGAAUAUGUUUCGGCGGCACAUUUCCACUCCAAUUUGGAAAAAUCUGCGAUGUUCAUGUCCCCUCUCCCAAGUAGAAUUUUAAAGGAUGGCGACAAUGCGCCUAACAUUGCCGAUCUGAGUCAGGAGGAGAACUACACACUGUCUAUCUUCUCCUGGAUGACUAGCGUCAACAAUAUCCUGGGUGGGACUUUGGUUCAUCUGUGGAGAAGUGCCAUGUGUUCAGUCAACACAAGAGAGAAAGGCAGAGAGAUGUUGGAGCAGCUCCUCCUGAAUCCCAACUUCGCUACCAACACUUUCUUGUCCAUCAUUACUGGAAUGACUACGAGCUGCUGAGACAAACAAACACACACAGAGAGAGACAGACAGAUAGCAGCUGUAGUUCUAUAAUUGCAUAAUUGCAGUUUCUCAUCUAAAAGUAACAGACAAAUGUGAAAAAUCUGAUUUGACCUUUGUUUUAUUUCUUUACAGUAAUAGUAAGUAUAAGUAUAAUACUGAUAACUUUUGUAUUAAAACUAACUGGCAUUUUGUUUCAGUAGUGAAAGUAAGUUACGCCAUUAUUUGGAUGAUGUAGAUCAACAGGUAGUUCCAGAUUAUACUUUAAAGCAGUUGAUCCCCUGUAUGUCUUUGUCCUUGACACUCUUGUGAAUACAUUGUGUCUCAGUAAAUCAUCAACAAGCCCUCAUUUUAUUGGCAUUUUAUUAUAUAUUAUAAUCUUGUUAUUGAACUGUAAUCAAUAAUAUAUGGUACAGAAAAACAAGACACAAAAAGUUCUCAAACUUUUCUUUGAAGAUGCACAGUGAGGUGUGUUUGCAAAGAGUAUCUUAAAUUUUUCCACUCCAAUCAACUAGGCUCACAGUAAGUCACAAUGUGUGGGGCAGAUGGCAAUGGGGGAGUGUAACUAAGUACUAAGUAUUUACCUAAUUACAGUUUUUUUUAGAUAGCCUACCUUUCCUUCUGUUCUCCUUUCUUCACACUGCUUCACUGCACUUCAUAGAGAAAAUGUACUUUUUUCUUCACUAAAUGUCUGUUACUAGUUACCUACACAAUAAAGUUUCUAAAAUGUGA